AUGGCUCACUUUGACCCCAACUUCCACCUUCGCUCGCUUGAGGAGCUGCACGCUGUCAUCCUCCCUCGACAGAACGGCUGCCUCAAGUGCGAGGACAAGGCGCCGACAUGCCCCAGCAACUGCAAAUCCGACGAAUUUUGCUCCUUCACCAUUCCGACCUGUAACACCUGUGCCCAGGCUAUCUGUGUCAAGGACGACAGCAGUUCAUCUACAUCAUCAAGUAGUAAGCCGAACACGGGCGCCAUCGUCGGAGGCGUUAUUGGUGGUCUAAUUGUCAUCGCCAUCGCCACCUACCUCGUGUGGAGGUUCUUCAUCAAGACCAAGAGACAGUCCAUCAUCCAGGAAUCCUACAUUGAAGAGUCCAACGAGAAGACCAUCAAUGAGAAGUCCGCCGGCGAGCCACGACAGACCAACCGCGAUUCGACACACACGGUACACUCGAUCGCCUCGACGGUGCUUACCCGUGCCUCCAACAUCAUUCAGAUUGCCUACAUCCCCGGCGUUACGAACCGUGCCACGCCUACGUCUCCGACGCUCCUCGUCCCUCCCGUGCCCCCUAUCCCGAUGCACGCCUCCAACUCCGCUGCCAGCAGCCCCUCGCCCUACGAGGAGCCGCAUUUCUUCGUCCCCGGCGAGCUUCGCGACUCCACCUACUCGGGCAUCUCCGGCUACUCCGAUCGUACAUCUGUCGCAAGAACCUCGUAUGCCCCUCGCUCUAGCAUCGCACCCAGCAUUGCGUCUACCAUCUACGGCAAGAACGCCGUUGUUGUCGCUCCUGCCCAGACCGGUAUGCGUGCCAAGGCUGCCGUAGUCAGUGUCAAGUCCAUGGGCGUCGGCACGACCGGCAGCAACACCCCUCCCGUUCCCAGCGUCGACUACGAGAAGUACGCCGCCCCUAGCCGUCCCAAGAGCCGCGACAGCACGUUCAGCGUUGGAUCAACCUUUCUCAACAACGCCAACACGGCGACCGCCGCCCCCGUUCAGAGAGUGCAGGUUGUCCGCGUUGGCAGUGGCAAUGGGCCGAAGCAAGUCAGCGUUGGAUCCUCCAAGGCGUCAUCAACAACAGACGAAGCCUCAGUGCCCGGCACUCCCCCACCGCCUAGCAGCUCUACCGCCACUCGUGACUCGGCCGCCGUUACCGUCAUCGAAGAAAGCCCGGCGGUAGACCAAGGCCCCUUCUCUGAUCCUCCCGAGCCCAAGCCCGCCGCUAUCCGCAGCACCCACAGCUUGAGCGCGGUGAUUGAAGAGGCCACAAGACGAGCCGCUGCAGGGCCCGACAGGCGUUCUCAAAGGACAAGCUCAUACGAGCGGGGACGCAGUCCUUUUGGCGACGAACACGCCACGAAGGACUAA